CGUGCGGCGUCGACCAAUGAAAUGCUCCGUUGAUCUACUUCCGCGGUUCUCUGUACGACGGCGUUUGCGUCAUUAUGAAAGACGACACGUUUAAUGUACUAAUUUCAAAAUGACCCAUUUAAUGCUGAAAUACCCUAUCGUUUAUCAUAUGACAGAAAAGUUAAAACUAUGUUGACGUCUUUUGCGUAGUUUUCGAAAAGAUUUUAUCAGCGUCUCAUCGAGGAUCUUAGUUGCCCAUCGUUCAGUGUCAAGAUGCCAGUAGACAGAAUGAGAAUGCGCCCCUGGCUGGAGCAACAGAUUAAAAGUGGAUCUGUAAAAGGUCUUCAAUGGGUCAAUGAGGAGCAAAAGAUAUUUCAGAUACCAUGGAUGCAUGCAGCCCGACAUGGGUGGGAGUUGGACAGGGAUGCACCUUUAUUUAAGAACUGGGCCAUUCACACAGGAAAAUACCGUCCUGGUAUAGACAACCCAGACCCAAAGACGUGGAAGGCAAACUUUCGCUGUGCAAUGAAUUCUCUACCAGACAUUGAGGAGGUGAAAGAUAAAAGCAUGAAGAGAGGAACCAAUGCCUUCAGAAUGUAUAGGAUGCUUACUGCGACUGAAAAAGCUAUUAAGAAAGGCAAGAAAAAGAAGGACCAGGAACAAAGAUUACAAGGAGGUUUUCAGAAACGGAAAGCAAGCACUCCCAGAAAACAUGCAAUGAUGAAACAAGGAAGUUUACAGAUGACGAAUGAUGAAACUAUGCCAGACAGCACCGUACUCUUUGCUGAGCAAGAAAACUUCCACAAGCCCACGUCAUCGGGAAGGCAGAUGGUUGUAGGUGAACUACCUGAUGUGUGUGCAGUUGUUGAGGUGGGAACAUUGGAGGAACGUCCUGCUGUGAGUUCCAGUAAAAUGUCUUACCCGCUCCAAGACUCUCAUGUUUCAUCCUACAGCGAUAGUGACACAGAGAGCACACACACUGAUGAUGAUUUGGUACAGCUUCCUCAGGACUUGUCCUUAAAUGCUUUACAGAGGUCAUCAUGCAAGUCUGUGUUAAGAAUCCCAGCUCAAUCAUUAACACCCUCAUUCAGCACAUUAGGGAAAACCAAUUUAAAAGUGACGAGCUACAGAGAAGACUCACCCCUUAUCGCCUAUAACACCACUCCUUGGCUACCCUUACUGCUUAACUUUCAGAAUGUCACAGGUGUGCGAUCCCUGACCCCCACCCAAACAGUGGAUCUCACCAGAGGUCCAACUUCUCGUGCAGAUGUUAUGGAUAAUGUUAUUGACCUCUCCGUUACAAAACACAAGGCACUGUGAUGAUGCUUGAAAUUAAUAGCCUGCUGCUAUUCAGCUGAGUAAUGCAUUUAUAACACUAACCCGAGUUUCAAAUUUAGUUCAAGUUUGAUCCUCUGGUGCUAGAUUCUCCGGUGUUUUCAUUCAGCAGACAGCUUUGGCGAAUUAGUUUGACUACAUCCAAAACUUUUGGUAUACAUGUUUGUAUUGUAGAAUACUACCUCAUGCUUUUAUAUAAUUAAAUAUGCAAUUUCUAGAACUA